AUGAGCUGUGCAGUAGGGCCCUGCUUGACUAUUCAGAAAUUCUUAUCUUUCUGGUUUUCUGUUUUCUGUAGCGAAUACCAGGGCCUGGUGAAACAUACCGGAGGCUGCCACUGUGGAGCAGUACGCUUUGAAGUUUGGGCCUCGGCAGACUUGCACAUCUUUGACUGCAACUGCAGUGUCUGCAAGAAGAAGCAGAAUAGACACUUCAUUGUUCCUGCUUCUCGCUUCAAGCUCCUGAAGGGAGCAGAGAGCAUAACCACGUACACAUUCAAUACUCACAAAGCGCAGCAUACCUUCUGUAAGAGAUGUGGCGUGCAGAGCUUUUACACCCCCCGCUCAAACCCUGGCGGCUUCGGAAUCGCCCCCCACUGUCUGGAUGAGGGCACUGUGCGGAGUAUGGUCAUUGAGGAAUUCAAUGGCAGCGAUUGGGAGAAGGCCAUGAAGGAGCACAAGACCAUCAAGGACAUGUCUAAAGAGUGAGCUCCUGCUUUCUCCCUUCCUGAAAAGGAGGAAUGAUUGGGGCCAGCAGCUUUGCUGUCCCCUGUGCACCUCGGUGGUGCCCAUGAGUGUGGCUGACCCAGGCUGCUGGUGCGCUCACCCAGCGGCCAUCUCGAGCUCUGCACUUUGCUCCAGCUACCAGUUUGUUUAGGCAGCUCUUUGUCCUUUGUCAGCCCCGACUUUGAUGUAGGCUAGUUGACAUCCUUUCUCUUCCCAACUUUUGUGUGAUCUUUUAGAAAAAUAAAUAUUUUAAUAUUAAAGCA